AUGAAGUUCACUAAUAACUUGGCUGUCGCCUUCCUCGCUCUUUCCGGCGUUGAAGCGCUCUCGAUUCCUUUGCGCAGCUCAGUCAAUGCAAUCUCCAAGACGUACCACUCCACCCCUGUCCGCCGCCAACUCGAAAUCGGCGGCCUCACUUUGGGUGGCCCUGACGGUGGCAUCAGCGGCGGCGGACUCAAGCUCGGCGGCAAAGGCGGCAAAGGCGGAAAGGAUGGCGCAGCCGCUGCUGGAGGGAAGCCCGCCGAGGGCGGUGCAGCAGGGAACGGUACCAUGACCGCCGGUGCUCGCGAGCCGAAAAAGGGCGGAGCUGGAGCUGCAGGCAAUGGAACGAUGACUGCUGAGCCUGCGGCUGCGAAAGAGAGUCCUGCACCCAAGGAUUCAGAGCCAGCCCCUGCGGGCGAAGGAGCUGCGAAGGAACCUGCUACCGGUAAGGAACCUGCUGCCGGUAAGGAACCUGCUGCCGGUAAGGAGCCUGCUGCCAGUAAGGAACCUGCUGCUGGUAAGGAACCUGCUCCCGGUAAGGAGCCUGCUGCCGGUGAGGAGAGCGCCGCGCCCAAGGCUGCCGAAGAAGGUGCUGCAGCAAAAGAGCCCACUGGCGACAAACCCGCGGCGGCGGAGGAAACACCCGCACCGAAGCCCGCCUCAUCAGGCGGCGCAGGUACAGAGUCGCAGCCCGGCCGCGCAGAAGGCGACGCCGCACGCGCCGAAGCCGAAGCCGAAGCUGCCACCGCGAAAGGCGAGAAGCCCAAAGGCGAGAAGCCCAAAGGCGAGAAGCCCGCUGCGGGAGGCGAAAACGCAGAUGGCGUAAAAGCAACCCAGGAAGCAGAGCAGUUCUCGGAAGAAGCAGGCAUCACGCUGGGCAAGGACGGGGGUGCGCAGAACCUCGGCGGCGAUCUGGGAAUCACAAAGGGAACCGAUGGGUCGACGAGCGUCGGCGGCAAGAGCGGAAUCAACGUCGCUGCUGACGGAACGGCGAAGCUGAAGGGUAACGAGUAG